GGGCACUACUGUAGCAGGCAGGCAGUAUCACCACGGUAUAUAACAAGCACUCUUCGCUGCCCAAGACGCAGACGAUCUCCAGUUCUCAUCUCCUCAUCAACAUGAAGUUUGUAAUCAUCUCCUGCCUGGUGGCCGCGGCCCUGGCCUCUCCCCAAUUCGGGCGGGGAUCCGCCCAGUCCGGAGUGACAGGCCGCCCCAUCGCCAUCUUGAGUGACAAUCGUCAGGAUGACGGGAACGGCGGCUUCUCUUACGCCUUCGAGACGGAGAACGGCAUCAGCACCAACGUCAGGGGCACUCCCGGGUCAGCUGGGCAGAGCAACAUGGAGGGAGUGUACAGCUUCACCCUCCCCGACGGGUCACCCGUCCAGGUCCGCUUCGUCGCUAACGAGAACGGCUUCACCGCCGAUUCCCCAAUCCUCCCACACCCCCCCCCACUCCCCGCCCACGCCAUCGAGCAGAUCCGUUUCGCCGAGGAGCAGCGCAGGAGAGGCGUCCGCUUCGAUUAAGUGACGGACUCCUCCUCGGAGUCCUUCGCAAACAACCCGACCUCCUCCUUUCGCCUCCUACCCGAUCCUACGACGAAGAUGAUUGUCCCCCUCUCUUUUUGUGUACAGCCUUCUACGCAUGCGUCUGGAAUUAUUUACAUGUUGGGACUUUUGUAAUUAUCCGUUUUUUCCUCCUCCUGUUUUUUUUUUACACAUUUCUCUGCUUCUGGAUUUUAAUGCAGAUUCUUCCGAGCUGUUUUGAAAUCGUGGCACUGAACACAAUCCAAUGUAUUAUUACGUCAUAGACCUGUAAUAAAUGUAACUAGCAAGCAA